AUGCUGCCCCUAGGCACGACAGAACAGUUUGCAAGACGCGGGCGCCACAAUGGCGCUCUCGCGCCCCACAGACGCGUCCCAGAGUGCGUUCUCUUCCUUGGCGCGCCCAACAGACACGCUCUUGUCGCUGCUCUCACAUCCAAGCGCACGCACGCUGUUCGCCUCGGCUCAAGCACGGGCAUGGACGUCGUCGCGUCGAUGCUCUCUUUUCGCGCAUCUGCAAAGCGCUCGUUGCUUGGCGACUCAUGCAACAGCUCAUUGCAGGAGGUGGAGGAGGAGUAUGGGGACGCGAUUGAGCUGCAUGAUACAGAGCGCAGCCACGCAACGGUCACACAGGCAGACUACCGCCAUCUGGGUGACUACUCGCGUGCAGGCGCCGUUGUGCCACAUGCAACAGGAGGAGCGCUGUCAACCUCAGGACUGGAAGAAGAGUCAGAGAAGGAGGAAGAGGCAUCGGAGCUGACAUCGGGGUCAUCUGACGUGCUGUUAUUGCUGUCGCUCUCGGGGCCCGAGCUCAUGCAGCUGCCGCCAUCGGACGCGAAGGAGGAGUGCGCGCACGCCACAUGA